UUUCGAUCCGAGUGCGGUUUAAACAUUCGCGUUCCAGUGUCGCCUGUGGCGAUCCUCCGCGGAAUCUUGUGGGCGGCCUUAAAAAGGCGUCUCCAACGACGUCGCUUUCCCUGCGAUUUAUUGAUGCCAGCGGUGAAUUAUCAGCGAAAUCGCCUAUUUGACGGUGUGCAUGUGUUACUCGGCAAAUGAGAACCACCUAGUGAUUUUUCAGCAUAUCGAAAGUAGCGGAUUAUCAGCUGAUUCCCAUACAAAGGAAAGAAGUUAUUGAAUACGUUAGUGUUCCUAAAAAUGAUUUGUUAUGUAAAGGAUUAUAUCAGGCAUCCCACAACCGAAUCGGCCGACAGCAAGUGUAAUUAAAGUUCUUACAAUCUCGGCGAGGAAUAAGUUUCUGUGAAUUAGUAUUCUCCGAAAGGGACACAACGUGCGAUUUCAAUUGUGAGGAAAAAGUUUCCUUCGAACAGCAUCCCCUCAGCGCUGGUCGCUCAGCGGUCGGGUGAUGAAAACGUGAAAAUGUUGUGGGAGGGAUGCGGCUGUGGUGGGAAAACCCCUAUGUUACGAACCACGUAAUCGGUGGAACUGCGGGGUGAAAACGAUUCUUGUAUACCACCUGUGUCGCUCGGCGAUCCGCAGGUGCUGGUGAUGGUGACCUCGGUGCAAUAUGGUUAUGUGAAGGAUUCGAAUUGUUGUACCGAGAGUGGUGAAUGUGUGAAGAAAAUUUUGCGAGUGAAGUGAGGAGAAGAAGUUGAUUAUAAGUGCGAGGGAAAGAUUGUAAUCGAAUUAAAGUUUGAACAGCCGAACGGAGAGCUUAUCGAAUUGGAUUGAAAUUUCUGUAAAAUAAACCAGGACCGCAAUUCGUCGUUCGGGACCUCCGCAGGUACAAAACUCAACCGAGGCCUAUUUUCGCUCCUGAGAGACCGAGGCUUAGCAGAGAGCCCUACCGAUUGGACGACCACAGAAAUAAAAACUUUCACCCGUUUUUCAUAGCCUUCGUAGCAGUGGCGGCGGAAAAUACGGCCACAGCAAGUCGCUCUUUCGCCCACCACCCCACAGCAGGCUGCCAGCCGGAAAAAGUUGACCCGUCGACCGUUUGUUGUUCAACCGACUAAACAAACAGCUUUGGAAAUAGGAUAGGCUUAGCGGAAAAGAAACAAAACACCACCGCAGGAGGGAUUCGUCGUUUCGUUCCAAGUACCAACCUCCAACGCUGGGAACUGGAGUGACGGAAAACAAAGAAACAACAACGAGAAAAAAAAAUCAUCAUCAGCGCUGGGCCCCCAAGACGGAUCUCGAGGGGCGCAAAAAAACAAUGCUUCAGGCCGGGCGAGCAAAAUAGAUUCAUUUGGGGCUGUUUGUGUUUUGUGUAAUGGCCACGACGAAAAUAAAUGACGUUCUCAAAGAUAACCGAGCACCGGGAAAACAGAAAAAAAAACUGCGAUAAAGGACCGACGAGAAGGAUCGCUCCGAUAAGACGCGUGACGAGUUUUUUUUCCUCCGAAUUUCGACAGGAAUCGAAUUUGCUUUCUAGUCGCAUAGCUCUGACCGACGGGUACCCGAUAGAAAAAGGACAUCAGACCGUUGCGAUUGUGAAAAUCAAGCAAGAGGGAAACUUUUAAGCACAUACUCAUCAAUUAUAGCCGCCGUUUUGCAUACGAAUUUAGAAAAAAGUUGGUUCCCGCUUCAUCCGUACUGUCUGUAGGCGAUAAUUAAAAUUGAACCUUUUUUUUCCUGUGAGACUGAGAGAAGUCCCAUUCAAAGGUUGCCAGAAAGUUGUCCGAGCUUUCGUCCGUAAAUCUUCUUCGUCAUCAUUCCGGGUGAUGAAACGUGAUAAAUUCGAGAAGCAAAGAAAGUUCCAGCAUCACUUCAUCCCACAAAUGGGUGAGCUUUGUGGGCGUGUGCUUCUGUGUGUGUACGAGCGUGCGUUCUUUACAAAACGGUAGACGAAAAAAUUCCAACCAUUAUUCGAUCUUUUUCCUGCUGGCCUCAGCGUUUAAAGCGUUUCAAACUCGCCCCCUUCGCCUGUUGAAACCACAGAUAAUGUUUUCCAGGGUUUUCAAUAGACACAAGAAGUGACGAAAAAGUGAAGUUGUUAACAUCGUUGUCGGCUUAGUUUGUGUUUUUGUGUGUAAAGUGAGUGGAAAGAUAAAUAACAGUCGGUAGUGAGUGAGGAGUGCCCACACCACGGAAUGGAAGAGGAGGGACUUGGGGAGAAUUAAGUUUCGCCGUGAAGUGAGUGGGAGUGUGGGUGUGUGCACGUAGUAUUAAAGUAUGUGCUACUUCCUACCUUGGCAGCUCACAAUGGCAUCGCGGAUCUUUGCGUCAUGCUGCUGGAUGCUCGUGUUACUUAUACUGCUGAUUAAUUCAGAACUUACCUGCGGCAACAAUAGGAUAGACGAGUAUCAGAAUCAGAAAGGCGAACUAGUGGUUGCAUCACGCAAGUUCCGCACCGACUUCCUCCAAGAAUGGCCAACACCAGGAACUGGGCCUUACUUCGAUACUGCGUCGAUUCCCUCCAACAUCACCGGACUGGUCGGUAAAACCGUGCUGUUAGUCUGCAAGGUGAAGAACCUUGGGAACCGAACGGUUUCUUGGGUUCGCCAUCGGGACAUUCAUCUGCUGACGGUGGGCCGGUACACGUACACGUCGGACCAACGCUUCGAGGCGAUGCAUUCGCCUCACACCGAGGAGUGGACCCUGCGGAUACGAUAUGCCCAGCGAAAAGAUUCCGGGAUCUACGAGUGCCAGAUUUCCACUACCCCUCCAAUCGGACAUUUCGUCUAUCUCACGGUUGUAGAACCAGUGACAGAGAUUACCGGCGGGCCUGAUUUAUUUAUCAAUAAAGGUUCCACAAUAAAUCUCACCUGCAUCGUCAAGUACGCCCCGGAGCCACCGCCAGCCGUAAUCUGGAAGCACAACCGGGAUGACAUAAAUUUUGAUUCGCCCCGGGGCGGCAUUUCUCUCGUAACGGAGAAAGGCGUUCUGACCUCGAGUCGACUGCUGGUGCAAAAGGCGAUAGCCAGCGAUUCCGGACUCUACACUUGUGAACCCUCCAACGCCAAUCCGGCCUCGGUCCGGGUGCAUAUACUAAAUGGAGAACACCCAGCGGCGAUGCAUCAUGGCAUGUCGACGAUACUGGCCGGCCCCAGCUUAGUAGUGUUCGUACUGUCCUGUCUACUACUCUACUACCAUCACAGCAUCCGGUGGAAGCACAUGCUGACGUAGUAAAUCCUCUGCCGCACCCGUCACAAAUCUCCUUCUUUCUACAGUAACAGCAGCAGACACUCUUUUGUACAGACGUGAGAUCUCAUGAAUCCCUACGAUGAAAAUAAGCAAACGAAAUAAAACAAGUAACAUCACAGUCUCUUUACCCCUACGAUAAAUUUCAAGGACCCUCCCCCACGUAACGAAACAAGCGGAAACAAAACGCAGAGGGAUGAUCCGUUUAGUCGUGUCAAAAUCUAGUUAAAGGUUUAGGUUAGCAUUAAGAGAUAGGUUUUUAUAUAAAUGUACAUUUCGAAAACGGGACAUGCUGACAAAUGUGUGGGUAAGUGAAAGUGAUCGAAAAAAAAACAGUGUGAGGUUUUAUUGCGAAUGCACGAGCAAUUUGUUUUCGAUUCCAAUCAGUUUGAAAUCGAAACAGAAUAGUUAAACAAUAGAUAUUUGUUUACGGAUAUACAGUGAGCGAUAAAUUGAAUUUAUUAAUUAAAUUUAAAUUAUCAGCGGUGAGUGAAAGGAGCGAGAUGCGUGCCCGUGAAGUAGGAUAAUGGAUGGAUGGUUUUAAGGCAUAGGGCUGAGCCUACAGCAGAGAAAGGUUUGAAUCAAAAUUAUUUUGUUCUACUACUGGUAAGCUCACAUGCACACGAAAAUAAUGUUUUGGUUGGAUGGAAAAGCAAGACCCCUAGUAACGCAAAUGUAACGAAUAGAUUUUAGAGCUUUUUCGAUUGCAGUCGAUUUCUGCUGUGGUAUAACCGGUAACGCUCGCAUUCCAAAGUUCCCCCUUCUUUACCCCCGGUGAAUGAUUGGAAUUUAUGACUUCCGGUAUGAAAGCGCGGGAUCGCCGUUUUGCGAAAUGUGGUGAUUUAUCGUGAAUCGCACAUAACUCAACCGCAACAAUAAUAACAACCAACAGCAACAACGGUGGUGCAUAUCAUACAUGCACCAUAAUCGUGGUAAAAUGUUGAAAGGCCUCUGGCUGGUGGAAUAAUUAAUUAUAAUUACAUACGGCGAUUGCAAAAUCGCAUACAUAAAUUCUUUAUUAAUGCACGGGUCUUUUCAGCUUUACGAUAUGAGAGGUUUAUUGUGGGUGAAUAUAUGAAGCCGGAGUAUUAAAUACUUACAACGAUUUGUGGAGUUAGGUUUGAAGAAUGUUUCUGUUACUAGUUUGCAUAAAGGUAUUCGAUAUGGACUUAGGUAUAGUUGUAAAUCGCCGAGUUUUUUAUACCUUGACUCGGCGGCUUCAUCAAUGUCAUACCCUCAACUAAUAUUUUAUUAAUGUGUUUUUGAACAAUGCAAUGGAUCACGCAAGUAACGAAAAGUUUCUUCUGUGAAUAUGUAAUGGCCAUCUUGGGAAAAAAGGUUUCCGAGAGCUUCUAUCGAAGACAUGAACAGUUUAGCAGUUAAGCAUAAUCUCGUGCCAUUCGAACCAUAAGAAGGUACCGUGAUAAUAGCUCGUGUAAUCGUGAAAACGGCUGAACGUAUCAAUAUGAAACGUUCACGGAUGUUUAGGGAAUACACUAGGUUAAAAAUUUGCUUGCAAACAUUGGAAAUAACUGCAAUAUUUGCAGAAUUAUAGUGGAUUUUGUAAAGCACUAUAAAAUCCUGUUUUCGGCACUUUUUUAAAUUGAUGCAAAAAAAUUAAGCAUUUUUUUUCUCGUUAAAGUAACAAUUUACCCUUGUGAAACGUUCUUGGAACCAAAUAAAAGGUGGUUGAUAAGUUUAAUUGGAUUUGCUGUUAAUUUGGUUGGCAAAAAAUUGUAUUAGUCCAGAAUAUUCUCCAAAAAAACAAAGAAAACACCUACACACCUACACAAACCAAGAUAAAAAUAUGUACGUAAAAUAUUAUAAUGCCUGAAAAUUGCAGCUUCAAAAUUAUGCGCAUCCCAUCGAUAUGCGUUGAUUUUUGGGAAAAAGUGGAAAAAAAAUAUUUUUCGGACCACCCUGAAAUGAAAAUGGGCACCCUAACGAAAAAAUGAAAAAAUACGGGUCUAAUAUUUUGGGAUAAGGACCGUUCUUUAACUACCAAUUUUCAUGGCUGUAUAUGUAGGUGGGAAUAGAAAUGCCCCGUAUUGCAUGAGUUUGCAAUUCCAAUUUCCCCGCGCAUCUUGGGUUUGAAAUCCGUAUUGUUGAAACCGUAUUCCGCUGUUAUACUGGUUGCUCCUUUUGGUCGGUACAAAUGAAGGUGCACAAAUCGGGCCAAUCAAAAAUCAGAACUCAAAAAACCAUUUAGUGCGUUUAGUCACAAUUAUUGAAUUGUUUCCAUCAAGAAAUUUCAUUCUGUGUGAUAGAUGCGAUGAAAUCUUUCCUUUAAAUUGAUGCAAAAAUCUAUGCAAUCUAUUGAAAAAUGCUCGAGUUAUAAACAUUUGUAAUUUUUCCUACAUGAUCAGAGUUCAGAUUUUCAUUUCCCACCCAUAUUUUUCUGUUAUACGCAGUCGUUCUACGUCAGAACCGCUAAAAACACUUGCUUUUUAUUUUGUUUUAGAACAUUAUUUUUUCAUUAAGAUGCCAAUUUUCGUUUUAGGGUGGCCCAAAAAAUCAAAAAACAAAGGGAAAUAUUAUUGUUUCGGACCAUUGGCUAAUUUUGAAAAAUCAACUCAAAAACGAAAAAAACACCUCUCAUAUUUUUGGAUAUAGAAUGUAAGCUUUCAAGUAUUCAAGAAAAAAUAUGAAACAAUAUAGCACCUUUUGGUUCCGAAACUAUGCAAUCAGUGAAAAACUCAUACAAUCAACUUUUGAAAAGGGCGUAUCGAUUUGAGUAAGAGAAAUCUUUGAUAAUUUAUAUCUCAAAAACUAUGAGUCGUACCGAAAUAGUGCCUUAGAAAGAGCUAUAGAGUAUUGAUGGUUGAAUAACGGGUGUUAAAUAAAAAAUGAGAAUUUUUUCAAUCACAUAUAACUUUUUUUUUUCAUCGAUUUCAGUAUUUUUUAUUAAUAACAUAAUGUAUUUUCUUCAAAAAAAUGUCAGUGAAUGUUUGAGUAAGGGCCGUGGUCUGCUGUUCGACGCAACUUUGUCGCGAUGCUCUCACAAGAACGUUGUACGGCACUUACGUCCAUUUUCCGGAUGCAAUUCCGGAUUCUUGUAGUCAGUUGCUUCGUGUCCUUGGCCCUCCAAUUGUUUUUAUACACUAGGGCACUGAGUGAGCCAAAGAAAUCCUCUAUUGGGCGGCACUGGGGCUAGUUUGUUGGGUUACGAUCUUUCGGCACGAACGGUAUCCUUUUCUCCUCAAGAUACGCCAGCGUCUUCUUGGCGUAAUGGGAAGACGCCUUGUCCGGCCAGAAGACGUGCUUCCCAUCCGCGUGAUGCUCGUUCAGGAACGGCAGCAGGAUUUUAUCGAGGCACUCUUCUCGAUAGAUUUGUUGGUUGAUUGCCAGACCGCUCGGUUUAAACCAAGGCUUUGAAAAGCCCCGGUCGGAAAUGGCGAUGUACAACAUAACCUUUUUUUUCAAACUUGUGCUUGAACUUGUACUUCACUUCAGGCGGUGUGGAUGACUUGUCGCUGGAGUAGUAAUUAUCAUUUCCUGGAAUACGCCUUUUGGACAGCGGAAAAUAGCUUUCGUCGUCCAGAACGAAAGACGUCCCGCGGUAUUUUUUGGUCAUCCACCGACACUGUGAUUUAACCGUCUCAAUCUGCUCCUCCGUGUACUCCGGCGACCUCGUCUUCUUUCUGCAGACGAUUCCUUUCAUCUUGAGGGUUCGAUGGAUCAAUACGUGGGAGCAGCCAUAUUUCCGACCGGCGUCACGCAGGCUGGUUGCGUCCUUGUUGUCAAACAUCUUCUUUAACGAUGUCUUCCUCUGCUUCGUCAUUAUCGUCACCGAACGACCACUUCCGACCUUCCGCUCUACGUUCAGGGAACCCAGGAUACGAUAUACCGUACUGACAGGUACAUUUUCUUCCUUAAAAUGUGCCACCGUGAAUUUUUUUCCUUGCUGGAAAUGCGUUUCGUAGAACCGUACAAUGCGUUCGCGGAGUACGUGCUGUUUCGACGCCAUCUUUGCUUUGAAUAAAUUCAAACUAGCAAAACCAAACACGCCUACUGUUUCUAGGGAGCCCAAAGAGCAAUUUUCUUGGAGAAAAUAAAUUUUACGCUCUUUAUUUAAGUUACUGAAAGGUAUUGAAAAAAUUCUCAUUUUUUAUUUAACACCCGUUAUGAAAAAAAUGUACACUGAGAAAAAAAAAUUAGUACUCUUUUUUUUAUUUACAUUCAAUUUGCAAUAUCCAAUAUACUUUUUUUUAUUUUUUUUUUAUUUUUUCAUACAAAAUAGAAGUCAUGUAGAAAAUUCAAAAAAUGGGCCCAAGAUGGUAAAACUAUAUUUGACGAACUUUGUGGAACAUCGUAUUUUUAGGAAUUUUCGAAACUUCGAGUUUUUGUAUAUUAGCAGUCAUUUUAAUCACAAAUUAUGAAUCCUGAUGUUAUUUAAAACAAAAAAGUUUAUUAUCAAUCUCCUUCGAAAUGCAACCAUUUUCGAGAUAUUUUAAAAAAAAUAUUUCUAAUUUAUUGUUUUUUUUAUAGUAUAUUUUCUUCUCAGUGUAUAUUUUUUUCAAAUUAAGCCAACAAUACUCUGUAACUCUGUGUAUUAGAAAACACUAUUUUCGGCACGACUCAUAUUUUUUCGAGAUAUAAAGUGUAAAAGAUUUCUCUUACUCAAAUCGAUACGCCCUUUUCAAAAGUUACGCUUGAGUCAAAAAAUGAACCAUGAUGAUGUGUUUGGAAAAGUUGUUGGAAAUUGUAAGCAAAUUUAUAAAAUUUCAUGAACAUGACGGUAUGACACGACAAGCAUAUUAAAAGGGAUUAUUUACUAUAAAAAGACAAUAAAUUAGAAAUAUAUUUUUUAAAUAUUUCGAGAAUGGCUACAUUUAGAAGGAGGUUGAUAAUAACCUUUUUUGUUUUAAAUCACAUCAGGAUUCAUAAUUUGUGACUAAAAAUGAUUGUUAACAUACAAAAAAUCGAAAUUUCGAAAAUUCCUAAAAAUUUGAUGUUCCACAAAGUUUUGCAAAAAUUUGGCAAAAGUUUUACCAUCUUGGGCCCAUUUUUUUAAUUUUCUGCAUGACUUCUAUUUUGUAUGAAAAAAAAAAUAUAUGUAUUUUGGAUAUUGCAAAUUGAAUUUUUAUUUUGUAAAUAAAAAAAAGAGUACUAAUUUUUUUUCUCAGUGUACAUUUUUUUCCUUAUUCAACCAUCAAUACUCUAUAACUCUUUCUAAGACACUAUUUCGGUACGACUCAUAGUUUUUGAGAUAUAAAUUAUCAAAAAUUUCUCUUACUCAAAUCGAUACGCCCUUUUCAAAAGUUACGCUUGAGUCAAAAAAUUCCCAAUUGCUGUGGAAAACUCAUAUUUCCCCUAACCCAAACGGAAUACACACUUUCAUUCGAAUCAAAAAUACUAAUGUUUUGUCAUUUGUCGAUUUGAUUUGGAAUUGCUGGAUUGUAAUGACGUGAAAUGUUUCAACUUCAACAAUAUAUUGACGAAAUAUAAUGUGUAUCCCGAAAUGUGGUAGCCAUAGCUUCCAGCUGUCUGUUGUGAUUUUGGUCGCAUCAAAUAUUGAAAAGUUCCAACAGUUAAUCAAACCGUUAAUACGCCGAAGAAAGGAUGUCUAGAAACGUUCGACUGUGCGUCUAGUUUUUGCCAGAAAAUUUACCAGAGAGUUGGUAAAAUAUCAAUAAUAACUUUUUGCAACACGAUAACACGUCGCCUCAAACACCCUACCCUUGGGACGCGCCACCGAAUGGCCUAGAUGUACCCUAAAUACCUCUAAUACCGUUAGCUAUAUCAAAAACAACAAUUCAUUUUCUGGGAAUAUGUUUUCAGACGAUUUGAACAGUUACACAAAAUUCACAGAAGGAGAUCAAAGUGAUGCGAAGCGUUCGUGCGAUUGGGUUAAACGUGUGUACUGUAUCCAAUGGUAGAUAAUUUAAAGGCGAUGAAUACAUCAAAAUGUUAUAUUAUUUUCUCCAUUUACAAUCCUUAUCGUAGUUCAAAAGACAUUAUUGUGUUGCAUUGUAUUCGUUACAUUACAGUUGUACUAGGGGUGACCAUUAGGUGGAAGCCGUAAUUGAUUGAGACUCAUCUGAAGUUUGGUAUACCACACAAUAGAACAGCAAUUUCUAGCCACUAGCCAAAAACUAUCCAUCCUAACCAGAACCGGUGUUGGUGGCGUUGCGUUUGAACCAAUUUUGUAUAAAGUUUGUAAAUAGCACAUAAAUCAUUCAAUGGAGUACGUGUGCGAGAAGAGCAUAGCCAAUUCAGACAGCAAAUAAUACUAAUAAGAGAUGAAAUGAAAUUUCCCUUUUUGGACAGAUUGAAUACGAAAGACAGUUCAACGCUGGGAAACUUAAAGAAACCUGUUAAGAAGUGAUAAAGAAAAUAAAACGAUAGUUGAUCAGUCCGAAAAUAGCGAUAUAACAAACAUACAAAUGUCAAUCUCAUCAAUUAUUCAAAUCCAGGUGAGCUCAGACACACAUAGAGAGAGAGAGCAGUCGAAGAACAACUGCAACUACAUGAUUUCAUAGCGAACGUAUUGUUGAUAACAUAUCACUAAAAUCUGAUUUUUCUGUGUGGAAGCGAAAUGGCAGAAUGUCAUGCUGGGAUUGCUUUGGGCAGAUACGUUAGAUGGAUUAAUCGAUGUGAAUCCAGUUACCUCUCCCAGUUUUGUUUGUUGGGAUUGUAGUUUAGCAAAUUGGAAAGGCAAUUGAAGUUUCGAACGCAAAUGAACAACUUUUUACUUUACAAACCGAUAGCAAAAAGCAGACACAAAUCGUUGAACUGUGAACAAAUUUUAUUCCUUCGUUCGUCCCCGAAGGUUCGUUGUUGAUCCGAAGCAUGUAAAGUAUUGAAAAGUGUACAAAGCAAAAACUAGGGAAAAUGAAUCAGUAGCAUAAUGAAACGGGAUGCAAAAUUUAUACCGGGGAGCGAAGCCCUUGCACCGAACCGAACGAGAGAGAGAGAGAGAGAGGGAACAAGUGCAGAUUAAAGUUAGCAGUGGUACUAGAAUAGAACAAAGCAGAGAAUGUUUCGUUGCAAACAAACGACGAUUUGAAACUCCACUAAAUGUAAGCAAACGAUGAGAACAAAAAGUGACAAAAAGUGCAAGCGAAGCUUGGCACUUGCAGUUCACUUGAAAGUUAUACUAACUUUGUUUUUUUUAAAGGUGUAAGUAAAUUGAAUAAAAAAAUGAAAAGAAA